AUGGCGGAGGUGACAGAGCUCUAUGACCAGUACCUGAAAUAUGAGCUGAUUGACCAUUUUGUGAGGAUGACCAACAAGAGAUGUAUGGGGUCAGUGGCCAUGAAACAGUGGCUGUGUGGGGCAGCUUUCCACCUGCGUCUCUCCUACAAGACUGCGUUCACCAGCCUGGUCAAGCUCUAUACAGCCUAAGUUAGCAAAAAUAUCCAGGAGACACCACCAGUGCCAGGAGCCGACAGUAUGCUAGGGCUCCUGGUCAUUGAGCCCUACACAGAGUUCACACACAGAGUUCAACACAGUCUCUGUGAGUCCAAGGUCAUUGGAGAUGCUCUGCUGACUCUGAUCAUUGCUGCUCAGGACAUUGAAGACAGCAAAGACUUAUUUCUGCUGUCUGAAUGUGACUUUUAUAAACUGAUCGACCAACGGGAAGGUUUUAAAUUGCAGAAAAUAAUAUGAGAGUGAAACUACAGUUGAAGUCGGAAGUUUAAUACACUUAGGUUGGAGUCAUUAAAGCUCGUUUUUCAAAAUGAUGUCAUGGCUUUAGAAGCUUCUGAUAGGCUAAUUGACAUCAUUUGAGUCAAUUGGAGGUGUACCUGAAGAUGUAUUUCAAGGCCUACCUUCAAACUCAGUGCCUCUUUGCUUGACAUCAUGGGAAAAUCAAAAGAAAUCAGUCAAGACCUCAGAAAAAUAAUUGUAGAUUUCCAAAUGCCUGAAGGUACCACGUUCAUCUGUACAAACAAUAGUACGCAAGUAUAAACACCAUGGGACCAUGCAGCCGUCAUACCGCUCAGGAAGGAGACGCAUUCUGUCUCUUAGAGAUGAACGUACUUUGGUGCGAAAAGUGCAAAUCAAACCCAGAACAACAGCAAAGGACCUUGUGAAGUUGCUGGAGGAAACAGGUACAAAAGUAUCUAUAUCCACAGUAAAACGAGACCUAUAUCGACAUAACCUGAAAAGCCGCUCAGCAAGGAAGAAGCCACUGGUCCAAAACCGCCAUAAAAAAGACAGACUACGGUUUGCAACUGCACAUGGGGACAAAGAUCGUACUUUUUUGAGAAAUGUCCUCUGGUCUGAUGAAACAAAAAUAGAACUGUUUGGCCAUAAUGACCAUUGUUAUGUUUGGAGGAAAAAGGGGAUACUUGCAAGCCGAAGAACACCAUCCCAACCGUGAAGCACGGGGUGGCAUCAUCAUGCUGUGGGGGUGCUUUGCUGCAGGAGGGACUGGUGCACUUCACAAAAUAGAUGGCAUCAUGAGGAAGGAAAAUUAUGUGGAUAUAUUGAAGCAACAUCUCAAGACAUCAGUCAGGAAGUUAAAGCUUGGUCGCAAAUGGGUCUUCCAAAUGGACAAUGACCCCAAGAAAUGCUUCCAAAGUUGUGGCAAAAUGGCUUAAGGACAACAAAGUCAAGGUAUUGGAGUGGCCAUCACAAAGCCCUGACCUCAAUCCUAUAGAAAAUGUGUGGGCAGAACUGAAAAAGCGUGUGCGAGCAAGGAGGCCUACAAACCUGACUCAGUUACACCAGCUCUGUCAGGAGGAAUGGGCCAAAAUUCACCCAACUUAUUGUGGGAAGCUUGUGGAAGGCUACCCGAAACGUUUGACCCAAGUUAAACCAUUUAAAGGCAAUGCUACCAAAUACUAAUUGAGUGUAUGUAAACUUCUGACCCACAGGGAAUGUGAUGAAAGAAAUAAAAGCUGAAAUAAAUAAUUCUCUCUACUAUUAUUCUGACAUUUCACAUUCUUAAAAUAAAGUGGUGAUCCUAACUGACCUAAGACAGGGAAUUUUUACUAGGAUUAAAUGUCAGGAAUUGUGAAAAACUGAGUUUAAAUGUAUUUGGCUAAGGUGUAUGUAAACUUCCGACUUCAACUGUAAGUAUGUCAGUGAAAUCCAUGUUAGUUGUAUUUUGAUUUCAAACAAGUCAAUGCAUUACACAUGGAUUUUUGUAACACAUGCGAACACAAACACAGGAUAUUGUGUCAAUAAUAGUCUAUCAUGAUUGUAAUUAAUGUUAGCUGCAAUCUGGAAAGGAAUGGAGGAAAAGUUCCUUUAAAAGGUGUAGUGGUAGUCUCAAAGGUGAUGGUAAUAUUGCAUCAUUUGAUAUGGUAAUUUUUGUAUUUUAGAAUGGCUAGGUAAAGAGUGCAUUAACAAGGCACUGAGUCUGUGUCAACAACAAUGCAUGUACUGUUUGUGUCUGCUCUAAAGUCUGCAUCAGUCAAUGACCUGUUUUUUCAUUGGCUGAAAGAUUUGCAAACCUUUUCCAUUGGAUGAUGAUAAUGAUAGUUUUUUGCAAGUGGUGUCCUACAUUCCGCUGUUUGGUUAUUAGAUGUUUGUCCUAGCUGGGACAAUGUCCUUCAGACUCAGCCCAUCAUGUUUUUAAAUACAUAGGUAGUAUUUGACAAAGUCUUAGGAAAGAGGAGCGCGUGAGACAGACACCGCAGCCCAAACAUGGGUAACAAAGCUUGCAGUCCAUCUUCAGAAACCAUUAACUGUCUGUUUGAUGUAGCCAGCCAUGCAGGCAUCAUUCCAGACAUCUCACUGGACAGAACCCUCAACAAAUUCCUAUCCCUGAACUCGUCUGCUGCUCUGGAACAUCAAUAUGCAGCCAUCCAGCAGAAUAUGUCGGCUGAGCAACUAACAUCAUUUAACCAGGACCUGAGGUCUGCAUUUGGAGGGAGCACCAAGGUGAGCCUGGGAGGUCUGGGGAUUGUGGCGCUGGCGCUGUCACUACUCUUUGAGGUCUUGGCUCACCAGAUCCAAGGACAAAGGUCGUACAUGGAUCCCAUACAGAGGAUUUUUGGAGCGGAUCACUCCUCAGAAAUCGGCCCUAUCAUCAGUGAGUACAUAAAGCAAGUUCCUAGUAUAGCCAAUGAUAAGAAGAGGAUGGCAGAGCUCCUGGAAUAUUACGACCGGAAGCUUAAACAUGAGCUUGAGGACUUCUAUGAGAGGUUGGUAAUAGAGAGAAGCAUGAACUCUGCUGGCGUGAAACAGUGGCUGAAUGGGGCAGCUUUCCACAUGCACAUGCGGAUCCAUAGGUUUCGUCUAACUGCCUCACCAGAAGGUGCUGUAGAUGUGCUGAGCCAGUACUAUCAACUCCGUGUCCCUGGCUUGAUAAAGACUUAUACAGAGUUUCUACAGAGAAAUAUCCAGGAGACCCCCCCGUUGGCAAAAUCCAACAGCAUGCCAGGGCUCCUGGUCAUUGAGCCCUACAGGAACGUCACACACAGAGUUCAACACCGUCCCUGUGAGUCCAAGGUCAUUGGAGAUGCUCUGCUGACCCGGAUCAUUGCUGCUCAGGACAUUGAGCAGGGUAAAUACUUCUUUCUGCAGACUGAAAGUGAAUUUGAUGAUCUGAUCAAGCAACGGGGAGAUUUUGAGCUGAAGAUAUGA